AUGGAUACCAACAAAACAGUUUCAGAAGAUGCUACCCAAAACACAGAACAGCGGAGACUGUCCAUCAAUCGACUAAGCCUGCUGCUCAUGCUCCUGAUGGCAGCUGUUGCUUUCAUGUUCAUAUUUACCCUACUGAUGGGACUCCUCACAAAUUUACUUAUAACUCCCAAUCACACUCCAACCGUUCAGGUUGUCUUCCAAGGGGAGACUCAUUCCAAGAGUAGUCUCUCGGAUGUACUGGUGGAACCAAUGAAACGCCUAGUGACUGGUGCCAUGCACCUGAUGGGCUUCGAAAAAGAGCACAAAUCCAGACGGAAACGGGACCUUAACAACGACGAUGAUAACCGCAUUAAAAUGCUGGACGAUAAUCAAUUGGAUAGGAGUGAGGAAUCGGAGGAAAAUGUGGGUCAGGCUGACCUUGGAACGGGAAUCGAUGGAGCCCUGCAACGAUUGGUGCAGAAUAAUCAGAGCUUGAAAAUUGUUUUUGCUCCCCCUGAGAGAGAUGGGAAUAGAAACGAUAUAGUCAAAUCGUUCAGAAAAAGACGUAGAAGGAAGCGAAAUGCCGAGCAGGAUCAAAGCUUACGGGAGAAACGAUACGCCAAAGAGUAUGAGGAAUUAAAGAGCCAGUACAGUCGAUGUAAGAAGGAAGCUCCGAAUGAGCAGGAUUGCGAUAAAAUCUACGAGAAACUGAAGCGGUUGUCAAAGGAGAUCAAGCACAAUUUUAAAGAGAUGAGUAGUUUGAUCCAUGAAUUCAAGGGAAAAUAUGACAGUGAUUUGAAGGGCGAUCUGAGUGACAGUUUUCCGAAGAAAAAGGAAAAAAAGUUGGAAGAUAAACACUUAAGUUCAGAUUCGAUGGAAUCAGACGAGAGAGAUGGAAAAACGACGAAGAAAGAUAAGCCAUUGCCUACUAUGUUGGAUCAAGCAACAGAUAGCACGACGCUACAGGAUGAUCCGUUGACAACUACGCCUGCUGAGAUAAAAACGACUACUGAGAUUGGGAAUGUACCAGAGCCGUUCAACAUGCAGAAACACGCUCCAGUAGAGGAUGACUGCGUAAAAAACCUGGAUGACCUGCUGAAGAAACUUCCCGAGUUCAGAGGAGAUGAAGAUUUCGAUCAUAAUUGCAAUGAAACUUCGACGAAAACUCAAAACGGGAGUCUUGUUGGUCAACCUGAAAUCAGCAAAUUCAAUAUGCAAAACUUACAAUACAACCCCGAUGAACACCGGCCAAAAAUGGACGAGUGUAUCAAAAGCUUGGACGACCUAUUGGAGGCGAUUGAUCUGGAAAAUGGAGAUUUGAGGAAAUCAAAAAAAUGUAAUUCAACUACAACUACAACUGCGGCGCCAAGCGUGCAACGGUCAGCCGCCCACGAGGAAUUUGGUCGAGCACCAUAUCCAUUUCACGAAGAGUUCAGUGAUCAAUCCGCUCUCCCCGUAGAGGUGCAUGACUUCAUCAUGGCUCGAUCGCGCAACCGUGAACAAUUCAAUCAUGAUUUCCCGACAACCAUCGAGGCUCCAGAGUCUAGGGCUGCCAGUCAUAUGACUCAACAAACGGUUGCCGCCAGUGGACCAUUUCUGAAUCUUUGCGAUCAGCUACGAAGUCAGCAGAACCCUGGACCAAUCAAAACUCUCUCGAGCAACCAACAUCAUUUCCAAACACAGCAAUACGGGGGCCUCGGUCAACCUAGUAUUCCGGUUACAGGUGAAACGCUCAAGGCCUCAUCCCAAGUCAUGCUCAAUUCCGCAUACGGUGGCUUUUCUCCGAACCACUUCUGCUUCUACCAGGUUCCACCGACCUACGGAGCCAUGCGACCGGUCUAUGCGGGAGGCCACAACUACCCGUCAGGUGUCAUGAACGUACCCGUCAACAUUCAUAAUCUACCCGGAAGGAGAACGGCAGAUGAUUCGGAGCUACAAAACGCUCAACUGCUCUGUAGUCUGGUCGUACAAUCAACCACAGAGUCUUCCCUAGCAGGCAACGAAUCUUCUCUAUCAGAACCAAUCGUGGCUAGUGUUCGGGCUCGUGGCCACCACCGAAAGUGCCCACGGGGCAAGGUUCCCUGUGCCGACGGUGUCCAGUGCGUACGGAGUUCCCACGUGUGCGACACCCGAGUGGAUUGUUUCGAUGGAAGUGACGAGUCGCACUGUUCGUGUUUGUCACGGUUGGCAGCGAAACGGCGUUGCGAUGGUUACGUCGACUGUCCACUCGGUGAGGACGAAAUGGGUUGCUUCGGUUGCGAUAAGUUUUCGUUUUCAUGUUUCAAUACGGUCUUCGAGUACGAGGAGGCACAUCAUUCGCAGACGAAGUGUUUCACAUUGAUCGAAAAAUGUGAUGGCUUCGAUAAUUGUUUGAACCGGAAAGAUGAACAGGACUGUACGUUGUUGGUGCGGGAUUUGAGAAGUCCCCUGGCGUUCACGGUUGGCCAUUCAGUUGGGGUUCUGCAUCGAAACCAUAAGGGUAAGUGGUAUCCGGUUUGUCAUAGUCCUAUGCCGUUGGCGAAGGAAGCAUGUGAAUCGGAACUUGGACCACUGGCACGUGAUCCAUUGGUGGUGCAGCAUCACGGAGAUUUACCGGGGCCGUUCAUCCAGUCGAAUCCACGAAGUCGACACGUUUUCCAACCGGAGUUUACAGACACUUGUAAUGGAUUGAUCAACUACGUCAAGUGUCCCGCUCCGAAGUGUGGAUCGACAAAGCAGAAUGAAAUGCAAAGUGCUCGUAUCAAGAUUCGAGGUAAGCGCAACGCUUCCGAAAUGGUACAGAUCGUUGGAGGGAUGAAAGCCGAUCCGGGCGCUUAUCCGUUCAUUGUGGCAAUCUUCAGAGAUGGGAAGUUCCACUGCGGAAGUAGUAUAAUCAAUGAGCAUUGGGUCCUCACGGCAGCCCAUUGCUGCGACUUCUAUCACAAACACUACUACGAGCUGAGGGCCGGUCUUCUCCGCAGGCGCAGUUUUUCUCCUCACGUUCAAGUGUCCACGGUAACUCACGUUCUUGUUCACCACAAAUACAACCCGGAAAUGAUGAUGAACGACAUCAGUCUGAUGCACUCGGAUAGACCAUUCCAGUACAACCGAUGGGUAAGGCCCAUCUGCCUACCGGAGCGGCACAUGACUACCAAUGAUCGAGACUGGAUCUGGGGACCGAAACCAGGAACGCACUGUACGGCCGUCGGUUGGGGUGCACUCAGGGAACAUGGAGGAUCUCCGGACCAUUUGAUGCAUGUCACCGUACCGAUUCUGCCCUUCUGUAAGCACAAAAACGAUCAAGAUGGACUGGAGAUAUGCGCUGCCAAUGAAAGUGGAGGCCAUGACGCUUGUCAGGGCGAUUCGGGCGGACCGUUCGUCUGUGUGAGCAUUUCCAGUCCUCACGAGUGGUACCUGGCUGGCGUGGUGAGUCAUGGAGAGGGUUGCGCUAGAGCUAACGAACCUGGUGUGUACACCAGGGUAGCACUGUUCAUCGAAUGGAUUCAUAAGAAGACUCGUGAAGUAUUGCCGCCAUCUUCAACGCGACAGAAUUGUCCAGGUUUCCAGUGUUCGGUUGGAACUUCACUCUGCUUACCGAAGAAGAAACGAUGCAAUGGGGCGGUAGAUUGUCUAGGAGGCGAGGAUGAGCUGCACUGCUCAUUGGAUCAACUGCUGGCGGAGUCGAUUAGAGAGACUACUACUGUUGAAAUGCCAUCAAACAGCACUACUUCAAGUUCUACGUCAACGACUUCCACCACUGAACCUGCCAGUCAGAAAUUCGAUUUUCUUGCUGAAAAAAUUACACAGGACACGGAUCAUACAAGUACUCCGCCAACUUCCGUGACGAAUGAUUACGAAUCUAUGAGUACAAAAGAACAACCAAGCACUGAAACGGCGACCACAGUCUCCGGUACAACUCUUCAUCUAGCUGAUGAAAUGUUAACAGAGGCAAUAACUAUUACCAGUACUGGCUCGAAUUCCUCUGAACCAACUACAGAUAAAUCUAUUGCUACGCUUAACAGCAAUUCACAAUCUUCUUCCAUGAAUGAUGAGAAUGUGACUACUUUAAUAGAGAUUACUACGUCUAGUACUGAGCCAACGAUGGCUGAGUCUAGUACAUCGCUGGAGAUGGAAAUGACUACUAACAGUGCCUCACCGUCUUCUUCAUCUGAAGAAGAGAAUGCGACUACGACAACUGACAUAUUGACUGAAAUGUCAACAGAUAGUACUACUGCAGAUUCCAUUAAACCAAUGACAGUUGAAUCUAGUACUGCACGGGACUUGGAAACCACUGCUUACAGUACCUUACCAUCUUCCUCAUCGGAAGAAGAAAAUUCUACAGUAACCUAUAAUCCAAGUUCUAUCAGCAGCACAACAUUAUCCUUAAAAUCGUCCGAAGAAGAUGAUUCCAAUGAAAACACCACCUAUUCAACCACGGAAUCAUCAAUGCAAGAAACAUCUACAACAACUGAGCUCAACAUGAAUCACACUUCAACCGAACAGAUAUGGAUGCAAGUUAACGAAGCCAUUGCUAACUUGAAACCUCAAACACCAAGCCUGAAUCGUGAGAUCGAAGACUUCGUCCAACUGGAAGAAUCAGUUGAACUUACAACAUUUUAUGAUCUCCUAGCUACAACAACAACAACAACACAAACGACCUCAACGAAAGAUUUCGAACAUCUGGAAGAAUCCGUUGUACUUACAACACCUGAUGAUCUUGCUAUGAGAUCAACGACCUCAACCGAACCUAGUACUGAUGCCACUAGUACGACAACCACAGAUGCCACUCAAAUGCAUCCGGCAUCGGACACCACUCCACACGACAUGGAUCAAAGUGAAACGCAGCUCGAAUCUGUGACGAAGGACGUUGCUGCGGAGGAAGGGGAUCAGCAUCCAUUCCUGCGGGAAAUCCACGAACUCGUGGAACAGAAAAACAAACGGCUUAACGAGUUCCGCAUGUCGGUGCACUAUCUGCACACGUCGAUGAAGAACCAGUCGAUGAACGAAACUUACCGCUACAAGCGGUUCGUCUGUUCGAGAAUUCAUCAAUCGAUCAACAUUGCUCACCACUGCGAUCGAAUCAUCGACUGCGAGGACGGAACGGACGAGCUACGCUGCACGUGCAAGGACUACCUGAAGGACAAGUACGACUUUUUGAUCUGCGACGGCAAGACGGAUUGUUUGGAUUUGACGGAUGAGGAAGAUUGCUUUUCUUGCGAAGUCGGCCAGUAUCCCUGUCGGAUGAGUAAAGUUUGUAUCGAUGAGAAGAAGCUAUGCGAUACUAAUCCGGACUGCCCACUACACGAAGAUGAGCUUGACUGUCUUGCCCUUACCGACGGUCACAAAGUCUACUUCGAUGCGAAUAACCUUUCCGAGUUCAAAUACGAAGGAUUGGUCGCUCAAAGCACCAACGGAACGUGGAAUCUCAUCUGCGGAGCAGAAGUUAACAAUAAAUCUGUAGAAUCAAUUGGAAAGAUCUGCUCUUUCUUGGGAUUUGCUGGUCAUCGAAGCUACUACCAAACCGUCCUGGAGCCGUUGUACAACGAAACAAUAGACCUGGAGCGUCAACCGCUACUAAUCAAAUCCUACCGGAACAUUACCUCAGAGCCGAACUGCAAAGCGCUUCACAUCACCUGUAUGCCGUACAUAAAUGCCACCGAGCACGAAAUCAGCCACUUUGAAAAUCAACACAAGGAGCAACCGAUUCAGGUUAACAUCCAACCAAUCAAUCCACUCGCUGACAUCUUCUCCAAGACGCAUCUAACCUUCCACGAGAAUGCUCACAUUGAGUUCAUCGAAAACUUUGGUGAUGACUACGAUUGGCCGUGGAAUGCCGACAUCUACCUGGAGGGUGUGUUCCUGUGCAGUUCGAUCAUCAUCGAUGUGAACUGGAUCGUGGUCGAUAGCUCGUGCAUGAGAAUGAUCAAUCUAAAGCAUGACUUCAUUUCGGUGGUGGCCGGCGGGGCCAAAUCCUACCUGAAGAUAUCCGGACCCUACGAACAGGUGGUUCGAGUGGAUUGCUACCACUUCUUACCGGACGCACGGGUUGUGAUGCUGCAUCUGGAGAAGAAUUUGACGUUCACCCGCCAUGUCCUGCCGACGUUCAUUCCGCAGAAGAGCCAUGAAAUCGAGGAUAAUCAGUGCAUCGCGGUUGGACAAGACAAAUACGGUCGGACCAGAACUCUUAAAGUUCACAUGAAUAUGACGAAUUGUGGUGAUCCGACGAAGUUCAUCUGUUACCAGUUGGAUCCAGAUAAGGGAAUCUACAAUGCCGAUCACUGCUAUUCUGAAGAUGCCACCCGUUCGGGAGUUGUCGUUUGUAAGACCAAGCUAUCUGGAUGGUAUCCCGUCGGCUUCUACCAAAACAAACACGGUCUCUGCGGAUUCAACGAAGUCGUUAAGAUGAUCUCACUCAAGGAAUUCUACACCGACAUCCAACAUGUGCUGAGUCAUACACAGUGUGACUACGAGUUUCCUGCACCACUCUGUACUGGACUUCGGUGUCGAUACGGCAAAUGCAUUGGACAUUCGUUGGUUUGCGACAACAAACUGGACUGCGACGACGAUUCCGAUGAACGUCCGGAGGCGUGCAAUGCGAGAAACGAUACGUCGACUGCCUGCCUACCAACGCAAUUCCGCUGCGGAAACCACCAGUGCAUCGACAAGAACAAGUUCUGCAAUGGACGAAACGAUUGUGGAGAUCUGUCGGACGAACCACACGAGUGCUCAUGCUACACAUAUCUAAAGGCUACCGAUCCAGCGAAGAUCUGCGAUGGUGUUCGGAACUGUUGGGAUAAAACGGACGAAAAUCCUCGGCUUUGCAAGUGCCAGAAAACUAGCUUCCACUGUGGUGACAGUGGAACCUGUAUUCCGUAUGAUCAUGUUUGCGAUGGUGAGAUCGAUUGUCCGGGAGAGGAAGACGAACGCUUCUGCUACGCACUGCAGCAGAAUCCGGCGGAGACCAACUACGGCGAAGUGAUGCAGCAGAGCCACGGCAUCUGGCAUUCGAAGUGUUUCCCCAAAAACGAUAAGUACGACGAUCUAACGAUCAAGAAAAUGUGUGAGCUCGUCGGGUACCAUCGAGUGCAAAAAGUGUAUGGAAGAAAAAUGCUUCUGGAUUCACGGCUAAGGACGGCCAAACGGACACACGAUCCCGUCGAUAGGUUGCGAGGAUCAGCAACGAAAACCGUGGUGCUCAAUAAAUUUUCCAAAGUGGCGAUCAACGAGAAGCAGGCGUUCUAUAUGAAACCUAGUAGGCCAUUGUUCAAACUGGUCAACUGGGAUGCCGAAGACGAGCUGAAAUGCGAUCGACUGGAGAUCAACUGUGGAGACUGAUUU